AUGGCCAAGAAUUACUCCAGCUCUUCACCAAAUCCUGCAGCCCACCUGCAUCUGAACCCAGGGAAAACUGAGGCUACCAUCAAAAACUUUAGUCCCUUCUAUAGUCGUCAGUACUCUGUGGCCUUCUGCAAUCAUGUUCGCAGUGAAGUGGAACAGCAAAGAGAUUUAACAUCACAAUUUUUGAAGACCAAGCCACCACUGGAGCCUGGAACUGUUCUGUAUGAAGCAGAGCUAUCACAGUUUGCUGAAGACAUAAAGAAGUGGAAGGAGCGGUACAUUGUGGUUAAAAAUGAUUUUGCUGUGGAGAGCUAUGAGAACAAAGAGGCCUAUCAGAGAGGAGCAGCUCCUAAAAGCCGAAUUCUUCCAGCUGGUGGCAGGGUAUUAACCUCAGAAGAUGAAUAUAAUUUGUUAUCUGAUCGGUUUUUCCCAGACCCUAUUGCAUCCAGUGAGAAGGAGAACGCUCAGCCCUUUGUGGUCGUGCCUAAGGAAUUCCCGGUGUACCUGUGGCAGCCAUUCCUCAGACACGGCUACUUCUGCUUCCACGAGGCCGCCGAGCAGAAGAAGUUCAGUGCUCUCCUGAGUGACUGCAUCAGACAUCUCAAUCACGAUUACAUGAAGCAGACGACGUUUGAAGCCCAAGCCUUUCUAGAAGCUGUGCAGUUCUUCCGGCAGGAGAAGGGACACUAUGGCUCGUGGGAAAUGAUCACUGGGGAUGAAGUCCAGGUAACAUGGGCUCAGAAUUUGGGGUUCUCUUCUCCGUCUAUCCAAAGCAGCAUCUGUCCUCAGACUCACAGGAAAAAGAGAUUUAUGUGCUGUUCUCUGUUGCAGCUCCUUGAGGAGGCCUACAAACUGGUUCGGCAUCAGGUUUCAGAAGGAUUAAGUGCCUUGAAGGAGGAAUGCAGAACUCUGACGAAGAACCUAGAAGGAACCAUCCGUUCAGACAUGGAUCAGAUCGUGAACUCAAAGAACUUCUUAAUUGGAAAGAUCAAAGCAAUGGUGGCCGAGCCAGCAGAGAGAAGCUGUGUGGAGAGUGUUCAACCAUUCUUGGCGUCCAUCCUGGAGGAGCUCAUGGGGCCAGUGAGCUCAGGAUUCAGUGAAGUACGCUCACUCUUUGAAAAAGAAGUGGAUGAACUUACCCAGAACUUUCAGACCACCAAAGACAACGCCCAGCUAAAAGAGCAUCUAGACCGGCUUAUGAAUCUUCCACUGGAUUCUGUGAAGAUGGAACCUUGUUAUAGUAAAGUCAACCUGCUCCAGGAACGCCUGCAGGAUCUCAAGAGCCGCUUCAGAUUCCCCCACGUCGAUCUGGUGGUCCAGAGGACCCAGAACUACAUGCAAGAGUUAAUGGAGAAUGCAGUAUUCACUUUCGAGCAAUUGCUUUCCCCACACCUCCAAGGAGAGGCAUCCAGAACUGCGGUCGCCAUUGAGAAGGUUAAGCUCCGAGUCUUAAAGCAAUAUGAUUAUGACAGCAGCACCAUCAGGAAGAGGAUAUUUCAAGAGGCACUGGUUCAAAUCACACUUCCCACCGUGCAGAAGGCACUGGCAUCCACAUGCAAACCAGAGCUCCAGAAAUACGAGCAGUUCAUUUUUGCAGAUCACACCAAUAUGAUUCACGUUGAAAAUGUCUAUGAGGAGAUUUUACAUCAGAGCCUCCUUGAUGAAACCCUGAAAGUGAUAAAGGAAGCUGCUAUCCUGAAGAAACACAACUUAUUUGAAGACAACAUGGCCUUGCCCAGUGAAAGCGUGUCCAGCUUAACUGAUCUAAAAACCCCUGCAGGGUCAAACCAGGCCAGCCCUGCCAGGAGAGCCUCAGCCAUUCUGCCAGGAGUUUCAGAUAGUGAGACCCUGAGUAAUGAAGUAUUCCAGGAGUCAGGGGAAAAGAAGCAGCCUGGGGUCCCUAGUCCGUUGGCCAAAGAAGAAAGCCUUUCUCUUCCUGUACCCGACCCUCCCCCGGGUGAGAACGGACAGGUGAUUAUUGCAGGCAUGGAUGGCCCUGUCGUAGAUCUCGUGGCUGCAGAGGACACGGCAGGAGCCCUGGGCACAUGCUCACCAGAGCUGGAGUUUGGAGGGGCUCCUGAGGGUGGAGAGCCCACCUGCGAAAAGCCAGAAUCCAGCUCUGCCUCAGGCUCCUUAAAGGAGCUCAGAAAUUUGUUGACAGUGACCAUUGAGGUACCAGUGGAAUCUGCCACCCUUGAGAUUGAAAAAGAUACAAACGAGGAGACCCUUGUUCCCCAAGAAAUUGAAAAAUUAGAGGAAACGACUCAGAUCUACACAGAGGCCGGUCCAGCAGCUGCCUCCAGCCAACACAGCUGUGAAGAGAAUGAAGUCAGUGAGAGGGAGGCCCAUUCUCCCCCUCCGGAGGCGGAGGCUGGCAGGGUGGAGUUGGGGGGAUUUCUGGAGGCUCAGCUGAUCUGUGAAGGGCUCACCCAGGGUGACAGCCGCCCAGACCCCACAGAGCAGCAAGCAGAGGCCGGGGAGCCCGCUGAGAGCGAGCUCACAGGCAGGGCUUCCAGACUGGAGGCCCAGGCUGUAUCCACUGUGGAGGGUGAGGCCGGGCAGCAAGCAGAUUGCAUUUCCAGGGCUGACCACACGUGCCCCAGUGAGAGCCAGGUUUCUGUGGAAGAAGUGGUGGGAGGGAAUAGCAGCAUGGCCCAGGCUGCUGCCAGUGUGGAGACAGAGCAGAUUCAGGCUGCUGGUGUUCAUGAGUGUCAGUGGGUGGUGGAGAAUGUUCCAAACAUCGAUCCGCUAGAUUCACAAGACGUCGGGGAGAGUACCCUAGGGCAACCCUCAGAAGAGUGA